AUGACCAUCAUUAUUGGGGCAUGGAAGCCACGGCUCAACUUCAUUGGAAUCCACUAUGCAUGGAUUCUGUUCUGCAGCUUGCUGGCCUUCCCGGUCAUGUACUCUUACGGCAACCUCACAGCAGUAGACGCGCUUUUCUUUGGGUGCAGCGGUUCUACUGAGUCUGGCCUCAACACGGUUGAUGUGAAGGACCUCAAGACCUAUCAGCAGGUUUAUAUCUACGUGAUCCCCAUCAUCACCAAUCUCAUGUUCAUCAACGCCAUGGUCGUUCCGGUGCGGCUUUUCUGGUUCCGUCGCCUCCUCAAGCAAGCUGGCCCCGCAAAUGCCGCCGCUGCUGCUAGAGACGACGACGAGGAAAAGAUGUCAGAACAGAAGGUACAGGGCGCCAACCAAGGCGCCGACCAAGAUCAAGAUGCCGCAGCAGCUCCGUCUCCCACCCUGCCAAAGGCCAGCAGAUCGCCGACCAUCACUUUCUACGAUCGGCCAAGCGAUGCCAAGCACCAAGCAUCUGAGCAGCAUCGCCUCCGCCCUGCUCCCCGACAGUCCGACAUAGACCAGCCCGAUCCCCGCCAUGGUGUCAACCAUCAAGACAACGAUGUGAGUGGGAUAACUAAUCUCCCCUCUGCUGCGACGACGUCGACUGUGACCUGCAGACGAGCUUUCUCAGAUGCAGAUGACACCGACGACAUCAAGCCAGUGCAGCGCACGCAGAGUGCCAGGCUGCGGCACUACACCGAAGGCCCUGUUCUUCAUGCUGCCAAGUCCAUCGAGAAAGCCGCCGCCUCGGCCUUCAUUCUCGGUGAUGCCCGUCCCCGCCCUGUAAGCCGCAGCAGGUCGAGGUCGCGCAAUCUCGACCUACCCAAGCUCUCUCGCUAUGCUACCGUCGGUCGAAACUCCAACUUUUACAAUCUGACCGAGGCCGAUCGUGAGCUUCUUGGAGGCAUCGAGUAUCGUGCCCUGAAGAUACUUCUAAAGUUUGUCUUUGGAUACUUUAUUGGGCUGCACGUACUCGGCGUUGUCUGCCUCCUUCCCUGGAUUCACAAUGCCCCUGCCAAGUACACCGACUGGCUAGAAGAGUCUAGCGUGGGCAAGACCUGGUGGGCUUUCUACUCGGCACAGACCAUGGUUGAUAACCUUGGGUUCACUUUGACACCCGAUUCAAUGGCAACUUUCAAGGAUGCUACCUGGCCUAUGCUCGUCAUGACCUUCCUGGCCUUCGCUGGAAAUACCUGCUAUCCGGUCCUGCUCCGCCUGAUUAUCUGGAUUGUGUACAAGAUGGUGCCUAGGAAUUCGCAGUCUCGCGAAACUUUACAGUUCCUUCUUGACCACCCCCGACGCUGCUAUACCCUGCUGUUCCCUAGUCGGCCAACCUGGAUCCUUUUCUACAUCAUAUUCGCUCUCAACUUUAUCGACGUCGUCUUGAUUAUCGUCCUGGAUCUAGACAACCCCGCUGUUAACGAUCUACCUAUGGGGCCCCGAAUUCUAUCAGCCCUUUUCCAGGCUGCCUCGGCGCGGCAUACUGGCACAUCCACUCUCAACCUGGCGAAUGUUAACCCUGCGGUUCAGUUCAGCCUAUUAACGAUGAUGUAUAUCGCCAUCUUCCCCAUUGCUAUUAGCGUCCGCGCCUCCAACACAUACCAAGACCGCGCACUGGGCAUCUGGUCGACUGAGCACAACCUGGACGAGCACAAUGGUAUCAGCUAUGUCCUGGUCCACGUACGCAACCAGCUCACCUUUGACCUCUGGUACAUAUUCCUCGGAACCUUCCUCAUCUGUAUCGCCGAAUCGAAACGCAUCAUGGACCUUGACGAACCGUCUUUCUCCGUCUUCCCUGUUCUUUUCGAGGUCACAUCCGCCUACGGUAACGUCGGCCUAUCGCUUGGUGGUCCAUUCGGCUACACGUCCAUGGUCGGCCACUACACCGUCUUCAGCAAAGUCGUUGUCUGCGCCAUGAUGAUAAGAGGUCGCCACCGUGGACUUCCCUAUGCUCUUGACCGAGCUAUUACUCUACCGAACGAUACCGUGCUCUCGGAUACCGCAGAUGACCCUGACGAACUCGCCAAGGGUUCAAAGCUCGCGUGCGUAAUGAACACUCUACCCACUUACUAGAGGAUAGCAAGUCACCCAUUCCCCCAUAUUGACUAAAUCGCUGAUUCGGCCAUCUAGGAACCCCGCAUGCAGGCUACGUGCUUGCUGUGUGAUUGUCCCAUCGCCAGAGCUGGUGCUCACACCACACCAGACCCUUCCCGCCAAUACCUCCGAGGUAGCACACGGUCCGUCGCAGAGGGGGGAGCAUCGACCUCGUGGAUCCCAUCUCACAUGUCCUCUCGCUCUUCUUCACCUAUCCUUGUUCUUGCAUUAUGAGUGCCUGGUCAUGUGUUGCACGCCGCCUCAACGUCGUGUGGACUUUACAAUAGCUUUUCAUUCAGAUACUGCCAGGAAUCUCUUCAAUAAAUGCUUUUCAGAGGUG